AUGAAGUGGUUACUGGUGCUGGCAGUAUAUUUGGUUGCUCUAAUAUUGCCUAUCAUUUCAGGAGUGUCGCUGGCUCUUGGGGCGGUGCCCAGGGCGAACAGGCGGGAGAUAGCCAUUGAUGAGCACGAAGAUGGCGGAUUUACCGUUUACGCGGUCUCUGAUGCAGGCCAAACAUUCAGCGGCCAUAUCGGACGGAAGGUAGAGUCGAUGGAGGACGUCACCUUUCAAGUGUCUUCUACGCACGACGAGGCCAGCGGUGGAUACCGUCUGUCCGUCUACUGGGACGGUCCUGCUGAUCAGGUGUUCGAAGACUGCUUUGACUUCGGAGAUAAACAAUGGUUCGGUGGUCCCGAGCAAAAGGAACAAUACUGGCCAAUUCAAAAAUCAAAGCUGCAGAAGUACUCCGUGAUAUCCAAGGAGGACGACAACGCGGCAGUGUCUGAAAGAUACUGGCUGAACUCCGAGGGUCAGUACAUUUACAUCCAACCGGAGGCACCGCUCUUCGUCGACCACCACAACAUUCUCGACAACCACAUCUGUUUCGUCGCCGAGGUCACCGCACCCUACUCAACUCGGCGAACCCACAACGUUCUAAAAUACGACAUCUGGUUCUUCGAAAACGCAAAAGUUGCCCAUCAGCACGCCGUUGACACUUACCUCGGCAAACCCUCGGGUAUACCCGACUACAGAAUGAUCCAGUACCCUGUCUGGUCGACCUGGGCGAGGUAUUCUCGGGAAAUAGACCAAGAGAGCCUCUGGGCUUUCGCGAACGAAAUCAAGGAUAGUGGAUUCCCCAAUGCCCAGUUUGAGAUUGAUGACUUGUGGGAAAUCUGCUACGGCUCCUUGACUGUUGACGAAAGGAAACUGCCUGAUUUGAGGCUGCUCGUUCAAGAUAUCAAGAGCUUGGGCUUCCGUGUCAGUUUGUGGGUCCAUCCGUUCAUCAAUAAAGAUUGCGAGCCUUGGUACUCGGAAGCUUUGGGCAAGGGGUACCUGGUGCUAAACGAAGAUGGCAGUCCAGACACCACCUGGUGGAACAACAACGGCUCCAUCCCCGGGUACAUCGACUUCACCAACCCCGCAGCAGCUGAUUGGUAUACCACCAGGCUGCGCGAUCUGAUGCAGGCUUAUGACAUUGACAGUCUGAAGUUCGACGCUGGAGAAUCAAGCUGGUCUCCACAGAUACCAGUCCAAAACGGCGACAUCGACCUACACCCGGGCAACAUCGUGCAGGACUACGUCCGUACCGUCGCUGAGUUCGGGCCCAUGAUCGAGAUUAGAUCAGGAAUGAGAACCCAAGAUCUCCCCGUAUUCGUGCGUAUGGUCGACAAGGACACUCUCUGGGACUUCAACAACGGUCUCGCUACCCUGGUGACGACGCUGCUGCAAAUGAACCUGAACGGCUACACCCUGGUGCUCCCAGACAUGAUCGGCGGUAACGGCUACAACGCUAAACCCAGUAAGGAACUGUUCGUGCGAUGGCUGCAGGCUAACGUGUUCAUGCCUACACUGCAAUACUCAUUUGUGCCUUGGGAUCAUGAUGAUGAGGCAGUCGAGAUAUGCCGCCGCUACACUGACCUCCACGCGAACUUCGCGGAUGAGAUCGUGGCCGCCAUGGAGGCGUCAGUUGCCGACGGCACGCCUGUCAACCCGCCCAUCUGGUGGAUAGACCCCACUGAUGAGGAGGCGCUGGCUGUUGAUGACGAGUUCCUCCUCGGUACGCGAAUCCUGUCAGCCCCGGUGAUGGAGGAGGGAGCAGUGUCCAGAGACAUCUACCUGCCGCGUGGUUCCUGGAAGGAUGCUGACGGCCAGGUGUACGAGGGACCGACGUGGCUGAGGGAAUAUCCCGCCCCGCUGGACACGUUACCGUACUUCGUGUUGCAGGACUAAUAAAGUUUUGAU